CUUUUGAGGAACUAAUAUCAAGUACAAAUAAAAAUAUCAUAGAAGCUCUUAAAAUUCAAAUUCUCGUUCACAAAUAAAAAAUGUUUCGAAUAAUUUUUAAUUUUUUCCACAACACAAAGUCAGAGGAAAUUGAAAAGUAUCGACAACCACCUGAUUUUCCAUUCAAAUUAAUUAAAAAGUCAUCAUCGUCAAUGUUCAAUCUUUAUGCGGCAACAAGUUCAAAGAAUUCGGGAUCAUCACAAGAUCCAUUAAUAACACCAAAUGACUCCGAAUCCAAUAUCGAGAAAAUUGAGCGUUUUGAAAAAAUUGUAAUUUUCUCUCCAUCGAAUAUGAUUCGUAUUAAAUAUCAUGAUGAAAUCUCAAUGAAUGAAUAAAUUAUGGAAAUAGCUUAAAUUUAUGAUGAAUAAUAUGUAAAUGAGAUUAUAAAAUAUGAAUUAAAUGAAUGAAUAUGUAAAAAUGCUAGGGACAAUUUUUCAUAACAUGAAUUAAAUUAAAUAAAG